AAAAAAAAAAAAGCUUACCCGAGACACAAGGAUAGACGAAGCUCCCCUCCCUGCCCCGUACCUCACCCUCGCCAAUAGCUACAGGCGCUGCCCGCCGUCCCUAACCCGGACCAAUCCGCAGCCUGCUGCGGCCUGACGGGAGGGGCGGAGACGCCGUUGCCAGAGAAGCCGCUAGCCGGUUACUAGCUGAGCUUUUGUUCCACUUGAGAGGGCAUUCUUCCGCGGCAAGCAGGUCUAGGAAUUCGCCUGCUUCCCACCUCGCGUCCCUUGCCUUCCUUCCUACUCUACCCACUGUAGUGCCUCAUGCGUCCCGCUCCCUCCUAGCCGACCAAGAGCACAGAAGGAUUGCCAGAGUUUGCACUGCAGCAGCCGUGGUGCCUCUGACCCUUUUUAUAGCGCGGCGACGGCGGGCUGACGUCACGACGACGUGCGGACGCAGCGGCGGGGGCGUAGGUUUCAGCUUGUGUGGAGAAGUUGCUGUGAAGCCACCUGUAAAUCCAUUUACUGAAUUUAUGGAGACGGCUAUAAAUGAUGGAAGUCAUUCAGAAGAACUCUUUUCCCAUCUUAAAACUAUAUCAGAGAAAGAAGAUUUACCUACGGUGCUGAAAAGUGAAAGUCAUCUCAGCUGCCUGAAGCAGGACAUCCUAAAUGAAAAGACUGAAUUGGAAGCUACACUUAAGGAAGCGGAGUUGGUAACUUGUUCUAUAGAAUUACUUUUGCCAUUAUUUAAGGACACCAUUGAAAAGAUUAAUUUUGAAAAUGCGAAUCUUUCAGCAUCGAAUUUGAAGACUUCCUAACAGAAGGAAAUAUUAACAAAAGAAUUAGACACUUUCAAAAGUGUAAAACUAGCUUUAGAACAUCUUCUUAGAGAGCGAGAUCACAAACAGACAGGAGACACCUACUCCAGCAUGUUGCUAGAAAAUUUAACUGAUAAUGAAAGUGAAAAUACUAAUCUUAAGAAGAAGGUAUUUGAAAAGGAGUCAAUAUCUUAAGAACUUUUCUUGUUUGUUUCCAGACUGAAAAGGCAAAUACUGAAAGUAAACUGUUUUUCUCAAUCGGUAAAAGUAGUAGAACGACUACAGAUCCAAAUUCAUAAAAAGGAAGCUUAGAACAAUAAGUUGAAAGACACCGUAAAAAGCUUAGAAACCAAGAUAGCUGUAUGGAAGCAAUUGAGAAUGAAUAAGAAUGAGGCUGUAGUGAUGAAAGAAGCAAGUAGGCAAAUAGCUGUAGCUUUUAAAAAGGUCAAAGUUUACAAACAAAGGCUUUCUGACCAUUUUACAGAGCUAGACGGAAAACUUACUUCCCAAAUUAGAGAUCAGAAUAUAGAGAAGAUGAAAGGCCAGAUGGAGUCCCAUCUGAAGGAGUUAGAGCGUGUCUGCGAUUCCUUGAUGGCAGCUGGAACGAGGCUUCACGGUCAGGAGAGUCUGCAGUGCUGUGCGGGAAGUGCAGACCAGGAACACACCGUUAGGAGCUUCAGGGCCAGGUGUUGAUGGAAGUCAAGUAGUCUUCGACAAAGCUUUCUGGAAGAGGAAAACUAUCUUAUUCAAUUGAAGUGUGAAACCUUCAACAGAAAAUGGGAACAGAUGGACACAGAAAAUAAAGAGCUUGAGAAGAAGCUGGCAAACCAAGAAGAAUGUCUUAAGCACAGCAAUCUAAGUUUAAAAGAAUCUGCAGAAUAUACAGCAUUGGCCAGACAACUGGUCGCUUUUGUAGCACAAAGACAAAAGGUUGCUGAAGAAAUAGAGAAAAUGUCAUCUAGAGAAGCUUUACAAAUUAAAAUAUUAGAUCUGAAACUGAGCUUUAGAAAGAAAAACGAAGAACAAAAUCAACUUGUUUGCAAAAUGAACAGUAAAGCACAACAUCAGGAAGUGUGUUUGAAAGAAGUACAAAAUAGUCUUGAGAAGUCAGAAAAUCAAAAUGAGAGUAUUAAGAAUUAUUUAUAUAGCUCUUUUAAAUUGUGAUGUAAAGAAUGUUUGAAUAAAUUGUUAGAUUUA